AUGAUCACCGGCGAUACAAUCGAAGGAAGGAACGCCGGAAGAGGUCAAACUUCGCACAGCGUAGGACACAGCAAGACGUCAAAGAGUCAGAUCUUACGUCAGCAACAGCAACUCCAUCAACUACAACGACGUAGGCGAAAAGAGGCUUUCUUAGCUACCACGUCCGGGCAAGAGCUCGCCGCCUACAAGGCUGAUCCGAGGGUACGUGCUGAAGAACAACAAGCUCAAAACAGAGAUCGCUGGUUAAAGAAUAGGCUCAUGACUAGGGAGAGGCUUUCUCUUCUUGACUUCAUCUUUGGAGGACAAGUAGCAGCAGCAAGAUCCGGUAUCUCAAGAUGGAAAACCAUUGGGAGACCCAGUGUUUCCACCCUUCACUAA